GUAAUAAUUGUCAUUUGUCAGUCAUACAAAAAAUGAUAGAUAAUUGAAUACUUAUUUUGUACCUUGUGGUCGAACAUAUUCAAAAUAUUGAUUUUACGAGAAAUGCGAGCCUUCAGAAUGAAAAUUACAAUUAUACUAGACAGUAAAAUUUGAAGACUGCAAGUGUUUUUAGUCUUCAGUGAUGGUUUUUGUUUUCUAUUUAUAAAUUUAGCAAUUUUCCGAGUGCUUACUAGGUUAUUCUACAUUAUUAUGUUUUCCAAUAACUAUACAAAAUUGGCAUAUUUAGUGCUAUUUAGCGCUUUCUUUUUUUCGUUUUUAGGGGAAGUUUCUCUUGGAGCGAAUGAUUUACACUUUCACGAUGGUUCAACAUCAGCCGACGUUGUAGGCGGUGAUGUGUUUUUUGAAAUCAUAGAGCCUCCUGAAUUGAGAUACUCUUAUCGUAUCAGACCUGCCAAAGAUUUUGGUGCCACAUUUAAUUCAAGUUUUCGAAUGGAAAAAGCAAGACUUGUCCCAACAGAUCCUAUUAAUAGUUGUUCUGAUAUUUCAAAUGAUGAUGAGGUAUCUGGCAAUAUUGCUCUUGCAGAAAGGGGGGAUUGUUCAUUUGUGUUCAAAACAGCUGUAGCUCAAAUUGCCGGAGCGAGGGCUAUCAUUAUCACAGAAUCAAUCCACAGAUGGGAUGACUCAUUGGAUCAUUUAAUAGAAAUGGUGGAUGAUAACAGAAUGGAGAUAGAUGUGAACAUCCCAGCCGCUUUCUUAUUGGGAAGAAAUGGAGCCACAAUUUUUAGAACCCUCAAGAAGUUACAUUUAGAAUAUGCAAUAAUCAAUAUUCCUGUUAAUAUGACGUAUGUCCCUAUAAAUAAAAUGAAUCAACCUCCUUGGAUAUCAUGGUAAAAAUAUAGUGCAAUAUUGUAAUUAAUUUUUAAAUGUAUGUAAUAUGUGUCACACAUUUAAUGUAAUAUUUAUUAAAAUUCUGAUGCCAAAUCAUUGGUUUACUACUUCAGUGUAUAAAUCACUUAAAAAUGCGUGUAAUUUGUCACCGAAUACAAUAUACAAAUACAGCAAUACUUAGUGAGUACUAUGUAGGUAUAUGGCUUGUCUAUGUAAGGUAUUUGAUUUACAAAAAUGAACUUUAUUGUAAAUCAUUACAUUAACAAUUCUAUAAAACAGUUCUUGAGAUAUCUAACCGUAAUGAUGAUGUAAUUGUGUAAAAUUAUGUAAUUUCAAUCUUCGUUCAUGCUUUUGCCAUUGUAAGAUGAAAAUUAUACAAAAUUAAUAAAAAGUCUAUGAUACAGACGACACAGGUGUCACAAAUUAAGUGUACUAAGAUCAAAGGGACGUGUAGUUAUUCACAGCCUUUUUACCUAAUAAAAUACCCAUAACACUACCCAUUUUUUUACUAUUUGAUAAUUUAUAAAAACUAUGUGUACACCCCCGAGUAACAACGCGCUGACCUUGGUCAUCCGCACUUGCGCUUUGGUUUAAGAAUCUUCUUUUGGUUUUGGUUUUGAAUUCUUAGUUUGUUGUUCUAUGUUGUUGUUCUAUGUUUUUUUAGUCUACGAAAACAAAAUAGCAUAAGCGUUAAGAAAUAAACCGGAUCAAUAAUUUUUAUGCAAAACCUUAAGUUCCAUUAAGCUUAGUUCACGACAGAACACUGUAUAAAUAAAUAUUAUCACUCAAUCUUACUCGGGUGACUAUUGAUCUGUGUGAUCUGUUCUGUUUGCACUCUACUAUAAAUAACAUCUCAUAUCGCCUUUGAGCAGUAACUGUAUUAUAUACUAGUAGUAAAUCAUUGUUUUAACUGCUCAAUCUGUUUUUAUGUUUUAACAUGUCCAGUGGUGUUCAUAUCGACUUAACAGGUUUGUAUAUUUUUAAUCUAUGUGAAAAAAAAAAUCAAAGUUCUUUGACUAGAAUAUUCUAGAAUGUUCAAGCUAACGACGUCAUAGCCUUAUGACGUUGGUUCAAGCACACAUAUUGAAUGUAGGAAGCUUCGAGUGACAUAAUUAAUCAUAAUUUUUAGGACUUGAUAUAACUGUUUACUGCAAAUAUUUAUUGCCUCAAAUAUUCUGCUGUAGUACAUUCUUAAAAGCAUAUAAUAUGAUAACAUACAGAUGCAUGUAUGUAAGGAAUUAUAACAGUAUGACUUAAUCUAAUAGGUAUUCAUGAAAUCACUUCAGCGGAAGUUAAUUGGAAUUAUUUUAACUUUUGAAAUUAAAUGUAUUGAUUAGCUGAGCAUAAGCUUUAAUAUAUAAUUCCAAUGUAAAGAAAGAAAUUUCUUAAUCAUAAUUAUAUUAUGAGACAUGGUUUAAAGUUUACAUAGAAAGUUAAGUUUAAUGCAAAGGUAUGACUAUAACUAUUGGCCCAGAGGGUGGGGGGCCAUACGUAAUUUUUCUAUUUACAUAUUAUUCGACCAUGAAAUUAAAAGUUGUGGGCUCCUAGAUAUUUGGGGAUAACACUAUAAUCCCUUAAAUAAAGAGCAUAAUGUUUGAUGAUGCUGACUAAAAUAAAAUAUAAUUUUUGGCAAAGCAGUAAUCAGGUAAUAAAUAAUAUGUACAUUUUCUUCUGGGAUUGGGUCCCCUAGAAAUGCUAGUCCGUCACAGUUCAAUUUAGGUAUGGUUACAUAGAUCACCGAGUUACCUAAUGCUCAUACCUUUACCCUUUAGGUAUCGUUGUAUUCUAGCGUAGCAAUUGUACAUUCCUAUUAUUUAAAGUGUUGAUAAUGUAUGAAAUUAAAGACUUUAAAAUAA